GGCCAGCAGAGCCCGAGCCGAGCCCCAGCCAGAGAGCGGGCGGGCGAGCCAGGAGCGCAGCGGCGGCGGGCGGCGGGCGGCAACCGGCAGCCAGAGCUCGGCGCCAGCCACCUCGGGCCUCCCAGCCAGCCCCGCGGCGGGGCAGCCGUAGGAGCCCUGGCUGUGGCCAGGGGGCAGUGGGCCAUGCCGGGGGCAGUGGACGGCCCCAGCUGGAAGCAGGUGGAGGACAUUAGGGACAUUUACGACUUCCGUGAUGUUCUGGGAACGGGGGCCUUCUCAGAGGUAAUCUUGGCAGAAGAUAAGAGAACUCACAAGCUGGUGGCCAUCAAAUGCAUCGCCAAGAAGGCUCUGGAGGGCAAGGAGGGCAGCAUGGAGAAUGAGAUCGCUGUCCUGCACAAGAUCAAGCACCCCAACAUUGUAGCCCUGGAUGACAUCUAUGAGAGUGGGGGCCAUCUCUACCUCAUCAUGCAGCUGGUAUCUGGUGGGGAGCUGUUUGACCGCAUCGUAGAGAAAGGCUUCUACACAGAGCGGGAUGCCAGUCGCCUCAUCUUCCAGGUGCUGGAUGCUGUCAAGUACCUGCACGACCUUGGCAUCGUACACCGAGACCUCAAGCCAGAGAAUCUGUUGUACUAUAGCCUGGAUGAAGACUCCAAGAUCAUGAUCUCUGACUUUGGCCUCUCCAAGAUGGAGGACCCUGGCAGUGUGCUCUCCACAGCCUGUGGAACCCCAGGAUAUGUGGCCCCUGAGGUCCUGGCCCAGAAGCCCUACAGCAAGGCAGUAGAUUGUUGGUCCAUUGGGGUCAUCGCCUACAUUCUGCUCUGCGGUUACCCCCCCUUCUAUGACGAGAAUGAUGCCAAACUCUUUGAACAGAUUUUGAAGGCCGAGUACGAAUUUGACUCUCCUUACUGGGACGACAUCUCUGAUUCUGCCAAAGACUUCAUCCGGCACUUGAUGGAGAAGGAUCCAGAGAAGAGGUUCACCUGUGAACAGGCCUUGCAGCACCCGUGGAUUGCAGGAGAUACGGCUCUGGAUAAGAAUAUUCACCAGUCCGUGAGUGAGCAGAUCAAGAAGAACUUUGCCAAGAGCAAGUGGAAGCAAGCUUUCAAUGCCACGGCCGUGGUGCGGCAUAUGAGGAAGCUCCAGCUGGGCACCAGUCAGGAGGGGCAGGGACCGACGGCAAGCCACGGGGAGCUGCUGACGCCAGCAGCUGGGGGGCCAGCGGCUGGCUGCUGCUGUCGAGAUGGCUGCGUGGAGCCGGGCCCAGAACUGUCCCCUACGCUGCCCCCGAAGUUCUAGGGCCCUAGAUUCAGGGUCCGACCCCUUUGUGUGGGAGCGGUUGGGGCAGCCUGCUCCCCUUCCCUCCCCAAAUUGGAGAGUUACCCUGCUCCACUGCCUCCCCACCCCUUUCCCUAUCACUCCUCCACUGCAUUUUCCAUACAAAUGUUUCUAUUUUAUUGUUCUUUCUUGUAAUAAAGGGAAGAGAUAAAAACAUAGGUA